AUGUCGGGCAAGCGUGAGGAGAGGGCGAGGAUGAUUGCGGCGGGCGACCUGCAGGAGUUCGCGCCUUGCGGCCGCCAGCACUGCGAGCGCCACCCGCACGCCCUGAGCCUGCAGCUGCGGCGCCUGCAGCCCGCCUCCGAGCUCGGCGCCUCCGACGGCGCCGCCGGCCUCGUGGGCUCCCUGCAGGAGGUCACCAUCCACGAGAAGCGCAGGGAAAGUUGGCAGUUGAGGAAAGGUAUCAGCACUGUUGGGGAGGAAGUGGACUAUGAUGAAGAGCUGUAUGUGGCCGGCAAUAUGGUCAUCUGGAGCAAAGGAAGUAAAAACCAAGCUUCUACUGUUUAUAAGGCUUUCACUGUUGACAGCCCGGUCCUGCAGGCCUUGUGGUGCGACUUCACUAUACCCCAGGAAAAAUCUGAAAAAUCUGAAGUUUCAGGUAGCAAUGAAAUAGUAGAGAAAUGCAUCUGCAUAUUGCAGAACUCGUGUAUAAAUGUGCAUAGCGUAGAGGGAAAGGAUUACAUUGCUGCUUUACCUUUUCAGGUGGCAAAUGUCUGGCCAACAAAAUAUGGCUUGUUAUUUGAGCGCAGCAGUUCUUCACAUGAAAUGCCUCCAAGUCCACCCAGAGAACCUUUGCCUACUAUGUUCAGCAUGCUACAUCCAUUAGAUGAGGUAACACCUCUUGUCUGCAAGUCUGGAGGUGUGUUUGGCUCUGCCAGAGUGCAGUACGUUGCUGACUACACCAUGAGGAUUGUGUUCCUCAAUGCUGAGCCUUCCAUGAUGAUGACGUAUGAUACUGUUCAGAGUUUACACACUGUAUGGGCUCUACGCAGAGUAAAACCAGAGGAGCAGAACACAGUGCUGAAGUUCGCCGAGCAGAUGGGCACACCGCAGCACGUGGCCACCAGCAGCUCUUUGACUGCUCAUCUCAGGAGCCUCUCAAAAGGCGACUCUCCCGUGGCCUCCCCUUUCCAGAACUACUCCUCCAUUCACAGCCAGAGCAGAUCCGUGUCGUCGCCGAGCAUGCAGUCCCGCUCUCCAUCCAUCUCCAACAUGGCUGCUUUGAGCCGCUCGCAUUCCCCUGCGCUGGGAGUGYACUCUUUCUCAGGCGUGCAGAGGUUCAACUUUUCCAGCAGUGCCCAGUCCCCGAAGAGACACAGUGUUAACCAAUCUCCAAACAGCACUUCCAACGAUUCCUUCCUCAUCCCAGAAACUGAACCAAUUGUUCCAGAGCUGUGUAUAGAUCAUCUGUGGACCGAAACUGUCACAAGCAUGAGAGAGAAGAAUUCCCAAGCAUCAAAAGUGUUUAUUACCACUGACCUCUGCGGGCAGAAGUUCUUGUGCUUUUUAGUGGAAUCCCAGCUCCAGCUGCGCUGUGUAAAAUUUCAAGAGAGCAACGAUAAGUCACAGCUGAUCUUUGGUUCUGUCACCAAUAUUCAAGCAAAGGAUGCAGCUCCAGUGCAGGGCAUUGAUACAUUGCUGGUUCUGGAAGGCAGUGGAAAUCUAGUGCUUUAUUCAGGAGUGGUUCGGGUGGGGAAGGUUUUUAUUCCCGGGCUACCUGUUCCAUCCCUGUCGAUGUCCAACCAAAUGCCUCGACCAAGCACCCCUUUGGAUAGCAUCAGCACUCCAUCCAAGCCUUUGGGUAAACACCUGGGGCCUUUAGAAGAGGGCGUGCUUUUGUCCCCAGUUCCAGAGCUAAGGGAUUCUGCCAAACUUCACGACUCGUCUUACAUUGAGGACUGCACUUUUCAGCAGCUUGGGACUUUCAUUCAUGCACUGAGAGAUCCUGUCCACAACAGAGUGACUUUGGAACUCAGCAAUAACACAAUGGUUCGGAUUACAAUUCCUGAAAUUGCCACUUCAGAAUUAGUGAAAAGAUGUCUGCAAGGGCUCAAAUCUAUCCUGCCCAAGGAGGUAGCUGUCCAGAUGCUUGUCAAGUGGUACAAUGCUUAUAAUGCUCCAGGAGGACCAAGUUAUCACUCGGAAUGGAAUUUAUUUGUAACUUGUCUCAUGAAUAUGAUGGGUUACAAUACAGAAAGAUUGGCUUGGACACGAAAUCUUGAUUUUGAGGGAUCACUCUCGCCAGUUAUUGCUCCGAAGAAGGCUAGGCCCUCAGAAACAGGAUCAGAUGAGGACUGGGAAUAUCUCUUGAAYUCGGAUUAUCAUAGGAAUUUUGAGUCUCAUCCUGUAGCCAAAGCGUUGCGACUGGAACCUCUGGAAAUUCCACCUCCAAAGGAUGACUUWACACAGAGCCUUAGCUUGGAUUCCUCAACCCUCCUUUUCACCCACAUUCCRGCUAUUUUCUUUGUUCUGCAUCUAAUAUAUGAGGAGCUUAAAUUGAACAGUCUAAUGGGAGAAGGAAUUCGCUCACUUGUUGUUCUUCUGGUUCAGCUGGCCAGAGACUUAAAACUUGAAGCUUAUAUAGAUUAUUACUACCGAGACUAUCCAGCCCUUGUGAAGGCUUCCACACAGACUUGCAUGAUUGAUCAAGUCCAAACAGGUUUCAUGCACCAUCCCUCAUUUUUCUCUGCUGAGCCUCCAAGUAUCUUUCAGUGGCUGAGUUCCUGUCUGAAGGGAGAAGGAGUGCAGCCUUAUCCUUACUUACCAGGGGUCUGUGAAAGGAGCAAACUGGUAGUACUGAGCGUGGCUCUGUACAUACUUGGUGAUGAGAGAGCUGUCUCUAAUGAAGCCUCACAUUAUUUGUACAAAAUUACAUCAGGACAACGAAAACAGCAAAUGGAGCAGGAUGACAGUCGGUGUAGUUUCCGACAGAACACAUCUGCUUCUAACCUGGCUGAAAAGUUGGUUAUUUGGAUGACUAAUGUCGGUUUCACCUUGAGGGAUCUGGAGUCUCUGCCCUUCGGUGUGGCCCUUCCUAUCAGGGAUGCAAUCUAUUAUUGCCGAGAGCAGCCUGCCUCAGACUGGCCAGAAGCAGUUUGUCUCUUGAUCGGCCGCCAGGAUCUGUCCAAACAAGCGUGUGAAGGGAACCUGCAGAAGGGUAAAUCUUCUGUGGGCCAAGUGCUGACCUCUGAUACUCCCUCUGGAACCGAAUCGGAAGAGGAUGAGGAUGGCAUGAACGACAUGAAUGAAGAGGUGAUGUCGCUCAUAUGGAGCGAGGAUUUGAGAGUACAGGAAGUCCGAAGACUCCUGCAAAGUGCCCGUCCUGUGCGUGUCAAUGUCGUGCAGAUGCCUGAAGCUAGUGACCAUGAAUACAUAGAAGAAAAAGAAAACCGGUUGUUACAGCUGUGCCAGCGAACGAUGGCCCUUCCCGUCGGGCGAGGAAUGUUUACCUUGUUCUCCUACCAUCCUGUCCCAACAGAGCAACUGCCCAUCCCCAAACUGAAUCUAACUGGCCGUGCUCCUCCUAGGAACACCACGGUUGAUCUCAACAGCGGCAACAUCGACGUUCCUCCAAACAUGGCUUGCUGGGCCAGCUUCCACAACGGGGUGGCUGCUGGGCUGAAGAUAGCACCUGCCUCCCAGAUAGAUUCUGCCUGGAUCGUCUAUAACAAGCCCAAAAUCGCCGAGUUAGCCAACGAAUACGCAGGCUUCCUCAUGGCCCUGGGGCUAAACGGGCAUCUCACAAAACUUGCCACGCUCAAUAUUCACGACUACUUAACAAAGGGCCACGAGAUGACAAGUAUUGGGCUGCUGCUCGGUGUUUCUGCUGCCAAGCUGGGCACCAUGGACAUGGCCAUAACGCGCCUCCUGAGCAUCCACAUCCCUGCCCUGCUGCCACCAACUUCAACGGAGCUGGACGUCCCCCACAACGUGCAGGUGGCUGCUGUCAUAGGAAUAGGCCUGGUUUAUCAAGGCACCGCUCACAGGCACAUGGCUGAGGUUCUGCUGGCUGAAAUAGGACGUCCCCCGGGACCAGAAAUGGAGUACUGCACAGACAGAGAGUCCUAUUCACUCGCCUCUGGGCUCGCUUUAGGCAUGGUUUGCCUAGGGCAUGGCAGUAAUUUGAUAGGCAUGUCAGACCUCAAUGUUCCUGAGCAGCUUUACCAGUACAUGGUUGGAGGUCACCGGCGCUUCCAAGCAGGAAUGCACAGAGAGAAGCACAAGUCUCCCAGUUAUCAAAUUAAGGAAGGAGAUACCAUAAACGUGGAUGUCACUUGCCCAGGUGCCACGCUCGCGCUUGCCAUGAUCUAUCUAAAGACUAACAACAGAUCCAUUGCUGAUUGGCUUCAAGCACCAGACACGAUGUAUCUGCUGGACUUUGUCAAGCCAGAGUUCCUUUUAUUGAGAACCUUGGCCCGAUGCCUCAUUUUGUGGGAUGACAUCUUGCCCAAUUCCAAGUGGGUUGACAGCAAUGUGCCUCAAAUCAUAAGAGAGAAUAGUAUAUCCCUUAAUGCAACAGAGCUCCCUUCAUCUGAAGACCUGAGUUUGGAGACCCUGGUGCAAGCUCAUGUCUACAUCAUUGCUGGUGCGUGUUUGUCACUGGGAUUUCGGUUUGCUGGUUCAGAAAAUCUGGCCGCAUUUAAGUGCUUGUACAAAUAUGCAACAGAUUUCCUGAAGUGUUUGUCAGCACCAACAGCUUCAAUAACAGGUCAUUAUAAUCUCGAAACAUGUUUGAGCGUCUUGUUGCUGUCUCUCGCCAUGGUCAUGGCUGGCUCUGGAAACCUGAAAGUCCUUCAGCUUUGCCGCUUCAUGCACAAGAAGACAGGUGGAGAGAUGAAUUACGGCUUCCACCUGGCUCACCACAUGGCUUUGGGGCUCCUCUUUCUGGGAGGAGGAAGAUACUCGCUGAGCACCUCGAACUCUUCCAUUGCUGCUCUCCUUUGUGCAUUGUACCCUCAUUUCCCUGUUCACAGCACAGACAACCGGUACCAUCUCCAGGCCUUGCGUCACUUGUACGUGCUGGCAGCAGAACCCAGGCUCUUGACCCCUGUUGAUGUGGAUUCAAACACUCCUUGCUAUGCACUGAUAGAGGUUACAUACAAGGGCACGCAGUGGUAUGCAGAAGCCACGGAGGAAUUGAUGGCACCCACCCUUCUUCCAGAGCUUCACUUACUGAAGCAGAUCAGAGUGAAGGGACCUCGGUACUGGGAAUUAUUAAUAGAUUUAAGCAAGGGAACACACCAYCUCAAGUCGAUUCUUUCCAAGGGGGGUGUCCUGUAUGUGAAGCUGCGAGCUGGGCAGCUCUCGUACAAGGAGGACCCGAUGGGCUGGCGCAGCCUCCUGGCACAGACCGUCACUCACCGGAACUCCGAGGCUCGGGCGUUCAAGCCAGAAGCGAUUUCAGCUUUCACUUCCGAUCCUGCUCUGUUUUCAUUUGCUGACUAUUUCUGCAAACCGACUGUGAACAUGGGCCAGAAACAGGAAAUCCUGGAUCUUUUCUCUUCAAUUCUUUAUGAGUGCGUUACUCAAGAAAAUCCAGAGAUGCUGCCCACGUACAUAGCAAUAGAUCAGGCUGUGAGGCGACUGGAAAGGAGAGAAAUGUCAGAGACAUUUGAACUGUGGCAGAUAAAGCUGGUGUUAGAAUUUUUCAGUUCUCGGAGUCACCAGGAGAGGAUGAACAGGAACCCGAAGCGAGGACUCUUCAUGAACUCUGAAUUUCUGCCUGUGAUGAAGUGCACUAUUGAUAACACUUUGGAUCAAUGGCUUCAAGCUGGAGGGGACAUCUCUUUGCAUUCCUACCUGAGCAGGCAGCCUACGGAGGAAUCCCAGCUGAGCAUGCUGGCUUGCUUCCUCAUUUACCACUCCGUCCCAACGCCAAGCCAGCUGGCAGCUGGCGGCUUAGAAGGAAGUACGAACUUCUCUGAGCUGCUUUUGAAGUUCAAGCAGUUGAACAUGCCCGUUCGUGCGCUGCUGAGGCUCGCUCCUCUGCUGCUUAGAAAUCCACAGUCCAUGGUGCUGUAGUUACGCCAGCGUAGAAGCUCGUGGCACUCAUUUCACAGGCAGAGACUGAACAACAGAGCCAGCCGUGCAUUGAUUCGUAUUCUUUGAAAGAGAGAGAAAAUGUGCUUUAAUUUUGUAACUUCCCGAACAACAAAAACUUCAAACUUGCCCCUAGACGUGUUGACUGUGAGCAGGAGUUAUUUAUAAWUUGUUAMAAUGAGAGAAGAAAUGUGUAAAAGCGAACUAAUAAUAAAUUUACU